AGCUGUGAGAGAACAAGGGAGAAAGACAGUGUAUAGGAUGUGACUAAGAUUCCCUGUCAAACCAGCCAGGAGGCGGAUAAGAGAAGAGGUGGGAUUGGACAGAGGGAGAGGAGGAGAGUGAGAGAACCCCCUCCCCCCACUCCACCCCAUUCCACCCCACCCAUUCUCCAGUCGUUCAGCGUCAGUGAAACCCCUAAUGUGAUCAAGAUGGAAGCUCAAGCUAUCUUUGGACUUUGUACCGUGCUCCGGAUUUUCGGUUGGCUCCGGGGGCUCCCUGCUCUCUGCUUCCAGAAAGGGGUAAAGUCAGCAAUGGAUUUGAUUUGAAUCCGCAAACCCUGAGAGCAUUCCUCGGAACCGGGAAUUAGGAGCGAUAUCUCAGGAAAAGGGGUAUUCGUUCCUUGAGAAAGGCUUGUAGGAUUGGAUUUGUCUGUCCUCUGACUUUGAUGGAUGGCGAACUCUUCAACCCCAUAGUGUUUAACCUCUGUUAUCUUCUGUUAUUCAGUCUUAUGUUGCAGCUGUGUGGGACUGCGACAGUACCCCUCUGUAUUCUGGUGGGGUAUUGACAGUGACGCAACUCAUCCAGGCACGUUGUGUGAAGUGGCACACGGAUUACGCUAAUUGAGUCCAUUUUACUUCUGUGUGAGAAGUUGUAAUAAGUACACAGUGCCCUCCCUAACUCAUGGGCCAGUUGACGUCAGAGGAGGAAGUCACACCGGGUCACCCUCCAUCCAACAGCAGUCCUGUGGAUGCUUAAGGGCUCUAUGGUUAGCAGUGGGAGUCCGCCAACCAUGCUUGUCGCCAUACGGAAAAGAAGUUGGGAGGAUCACGUGACUCACCGCUCCGGGUUACAGUACAGCUACGACGACCUGGACCUGGUCUGUUGCCUUGGCGUCAGUGGCGACGGGCCUCAGCUGGCAUCUGAGGGGUCCAAACAGGGGCGCAGGGAACGAUGUGCCUCCAUGCCGGAGUGCUGUCACCGGCCACGCCCCGAUGGCCUCAACAAUGGGCCGGGUCACACGUUGGAGUUUGUGACCUCAGUCAAUGUGGAGGACAACGGCAAUCACUCUGAGCCGGGGCACGUAAUGUCAGCAGGCGACUUUGAUUCAACUGUUGUCCCUGUGUUCCAGGCUGAGCUGGUAGACGGCUCUGAUGUAACUGUUGAUUAUGAUGACCUCACCGGGAGGCUGACGGAGUCUGAACCUGGAGGAAUGCCGGACGCUGGUGAGGACUCAGUUGGCAGCCAAUCUCACUGUGACCUGGGCAAUGGGAUUCUUCAGCCAAAGCCAAACAUCAUCUGCACUGCAGACAACAGUCAUGAGGAUGAGGAUGACAUUGAGGAUGGCACCGAUGAUAACGAGCAUCCCAACGUUGUUGACGACCGUGUUGCAAUCACUGUUCAAUCUGUCUCUGUUGACGAAAGACAAAGGGUCUCUAUCUGUCCGGACAAUGGAUUUUCACUGGCCUUUUCUGUUGGUGAGAAAACUGGCAGGCAUCCAGAACUCCUGGAGACAAUGGCCGACCAUACAGACGGUCAGGUUGGACUUCCAGAACCCUUAGUGGACACACAGACCCAGUCUCAUCAUACUGAAGUUGAACCACGAGAGGACCUCUCCACCUUGGAUGAAAGCAACAUUACUGACCCGGGUAAAAGAACAGGAGUAAUACAGCCAGCAGCCAUUUUGGAUUCCUCAAACGAACCAGAGUGCAAUAGUGAUGUAAUAUCAGAUGUUAACGUGGAGAUCUUGGAGGCUCCUGUUGCAGACGUUAUGGAGGGGGAAGCUAUGGAGGAAGACGUUGAGAUUAAAGCCUUAGAAUGGAAGGCUGAGGAUAGUGUUGAAGGUGCUGACGGAUUGAAUGUUCAGAAGAAAAUGUAUGAAAGUCGUGAUACAUUUGACCAGAUUCUGAGGGUGCAACAUGCUGCGUCCGUGGAUGGCAGACAAACAGAACAAGAGCGGCAUGAUAGCAUGAGGACUAAUGAUGGUUGUGAAAUAGCUCAGGACCAGACAGUGUUGAGACAGGAGGAUGUUAACAUGGUGGAGAUGGAAGGGUCCCAAGGAGAGGAAAGGGCUCGGGAAAUGGGCAGGGAAAACCCCUGA